GUCUGUGGCACGAGUGUCCGCACGGUCACCCAGUUCUGCCUGUGUUAGCUGCAGCUGCAAUAGCGCCACAGGUAUUAUCCUUCUGUGUGUGAGGGCGUGUGUGUAUGUGCUGCAACUCGCUCACACGCGACGUAUAUAUAUUUAUAUUGCAUUCUGCAGUAUUGUUUGCCGCGUUGCCUUUCAUUCCUUUGAUACUAGUAAUUCCUUCUCUUUUUGUUUCUGUACAGUAGCAGCGCCAUGGGCGGCAUUAUUGCCCGCGAGCGGCGGAAAUCAUCGGUGCAUAAGCCGGCCAAGCCGUCGCCGGCCGACGAAGCCUACCCCGAGGCCGCGGAGAUCAAGUCGCUGUCGAAGGUGGACACAGUCAAGUCGGAGCCGCGCGUCCCUCCGCACCAAAAACGCGUGGAGGAGUAUCAUCAAGAGCUGACGGAGGAAAUGAUCGAAGGGCUGACGCGGAGCAGCUCAGACAGCAUCCACAGCAAAGCACGCAAGAAGGAUGUGCUGGAGAACUGGCUCUUGAGAGCCAACUACAAGGUAUCCCCAGAGAAUGAUGCGCUGGAGCGGCACAAGAAGAGCAUGGAGGCGCUGAAGGCGGUCGCGCAGAACAAGAAGGAACGUGGAUUUCGAAGAAAGUCAGACCAAAGCCGUAGCACCACUCACUCCAAGGGGUCGCGAGCACGACAGCCCCCGAGCGUGGAGGUGUACAGCGGCGCGCGCACUACGGCGUAG